AUUUGACUGAAAGUAAAAUAGCGCUCUCUUUUAUCGUUUUCGGGAAAUUAAUAAAACUCCUAAAUAGUAAUUGUUUGGUUUUGAGGUAAGGAACUUGUGUGGCCGGGAGAUAUCAAAAUCAACAAAGUUAAGGUUGAGGUCAUACAAGAUUUAUUCGAAAUGGGUAUUGUCCAUGCCAAAGCUCCUCCUCCUCCACAGAUGAGGAACCUGAACCAAGAAGAAUGGAAACCUCUAGAUGAAGUUCCCGCUCGUGUUGACAAAAUUCAUUUUGAUGGUGUAACUAAAACUAAAGACGAUGUGCUGCUGCAUGUCGUGUCCGAUCUCCUGAGUGCUCAGACUGUCCAAGACGUCGUUUUGAAAGCUCACGGUGUACGGCAGCAGCUAGAAAUGCUUCAAGCUUUUAAAAGCAUUGACAUUAUUCUCGAUACAAGUAGGGGUCCCGAGGCCAGUCCCGAUGGACUCGAAGUCAUUUUCAACAUUAAAGAGAAAUCUCGACUAGAUGGAAAUAUCAAUGUUCUUGCUGGAAACAACGAAGGCAGCUUACUUUUUAGGCUCCUGGCACCUAACAUAUUCGGUAGAGGUGAAUCACUGUCCGCAGAUUACCAAUAUGGGAAAAAAACUGUCGGGUUUAAUGUAGCUACUUCAAAACCGUUCUUAAAUUGGGCUAAACCAAGAUUGAAUCAAUUUGUAUUUGGUCAGACAGCUGAUAACAUAUGGAGUGGUUUCCAAGAAAAAGUAAGAGGGAUUGGUGCAGAAUUUACUUUUGAAUCUUCUCCCUUGGUGCAACACUCCCUCAGAUGGGAAGGUGUUUGGAGAAAUAUUAGGUGCCUUUCCCCAAGUACUCCGUUUGAAGUGAGGGAAGAAGCCGGGCAUAGUGUCAAAUCAUCCAUUAAGCACAUCUUAUGCAUGGAUCAAAGAGAUGACCCAUGUCUUCCUACUCAUGGUAGUUACUUUCGCCUAUACCAGGAAUAUGCUGGAUUAGGAGGAAAUGUAGGUUUUCUUAAACACGAAAUUCAAUACCAAAUCAAUAAGUGCAUUUUAGGGGACUUAGUUUUGCAAGCAACCUUAAUGGGUGGUUUGGUUCGUACCAUUGGUGAGGAUAGUAAUGUGAGAAUUAAUGAUCGAUUUUUUCUUGGUGGGCCUCUAUCUUUAAGGGGUUUUGGAUUUAAUGGUGUAGGUCCACAUGCACAGGAAUGUUCUCUCGGUGCUGAAGCUUACUGGGCAGGAGGUUUGCAUGCCUAUAUGCCUCUGCCUUUUCGACCUCUUGGUCAGACUUUAGACAGAAUUGUCAGGACUCAUUUUUUUCUUAAUACUGGAAAUAUAGGAAAUUUUGCAUUUACUGAUGAUUAUCAUCAUAAUACCAUGGUUCUAUUGUCUCAUUUAAGGUGGUCUUGUGGCAUUGGUUUAGUAUUCAAUCUUGCGUCUGUAGCUCGCUUUGAGCUGAAUUAUUGUAUUCCUUUAUCUAGUCAGCCAGCUGACAAAGCAAAAGAAGGAUUACAGUUUGGAGUUGGAGUAAAUUUUCUGUGAAAAGAUUACCAUUUAAUUUUUAGAAUUUCCUUCCAUUGAAGCCUCAAGAUUUAAAAAUGCUAUCAUAAGAAUGUUAUACAAUAGAAAUAUUUUAACUACUUUUCUAUGGAUAUGCUGAACCAUACCUGUCUUUUUAUGUUAAAUUCUAAAAGUUUGGAUUUCUUCUAAACUGAUAUAUGUAUUGUAAUUUUA